AUGUCCUUUCUGCCGCCCCUCUUGGUACUCGCGGCGCUGAGCGCACCCAUCGACAUCGGCGCCGCAGUCGGGCUCGCUAUUGCGCUGAUCGACAAACGCACAACGACGCCCACGGAUCAUGCGAUGAUCUUCCAGUUUGAUGCCGAAGACUUGCGUCUGGGGGAUUUGCGGCGCUUGAGCGGGCUCGUGAUGAAUGCUACGGAUUCGGAGGGUAGUGGCGCGGCGGUCUUUAGUUCUCAGGGUGAUGGGGAGCAUGAAGGGUUUGGGGGUAUGAAAGUUCACACGAGAGGACUUGAGACCGAAGUGAACGGUACCUAUAUUGCUGUCCCGCAUAGUAUGGAGGUCUCUGAAGAUGACGAGGAGGCUCGGGCAGUCCGCGAACUGCACGAGGCUGGGCUCGCAAGGGCGAAGCUGGUUGAGGAACCCAGGGACGUUCUGGAGGCGUUCAUGCAGUUGCGGAAAGGGAUGUAG